AUGGAGACGGUAGAUAGCGCGCGUGAAGAAGAAGAUGUGGAGAUGUGGAAAGCAGCUCUGGAUGAAGAUGCUUUUGAUAAACUUAGUGAGACAGAUAUAAGCUAUGCAACAACACAUGUAUCAACUUCUAUGAAUCUAGAGCCUAGCCAACGACAAGAGCAAUCAAGUACACAUCGACUGAGAAUUGGUGCAACUACUAGGCAAAGAUUCAAGCGCAAAAACUUUAGUAAACAGCUACAACUCCUGUGUCUUCAACGUUAUGCACAAUACGCACGAGACUAUGGUCAUCUUCCGGUAAAAUACGAGACACAGCAGAUUCUACAGCAGAGUUAUUUGCAGUUCCUGAAAGAAGGUGGUACGGCUGAUGAACCUCGACUUACUCAUGCAGAAUUCCUGAAACUUAUACGUAAUCGACGUCGAGAGAUAAAUGUAAGAUUGCAAUGUCCAUCGAAGCAAAAUAAGGACGAACACGUGACGGUUAGGAAGAUGGCGGCACUUACGCCUGCUAAAAGGAAAUUACAAGAGGAGCAUGCUAAAAUUCAAGAACUUAUGGAAGUGAUUGAUAGAGCAAGAGAACAAACAGGAUCAACUCUCGACCUUGGGCGUCAAGAGCGACGUCUUCGAUCGCAGCAAGCUGCAGUAAAGCCGAGCCAUGCACAGCAGCACCAACAGCAGCUUCCAACGACAGUGGCACCGUCCACGACAAAUAAUGUACCGUCACUUCGUAUGCCAUCCGAUUCAAUAGGACCAAUAGAGGCAAUAUUACAGAUUCAUUUGGAAACACGGGAGGUGCAACGUGAGAUUGCAGCAAGGCUGCGAUCUAUCAGUCGCAUAAUAAGCCAGCAUGAAAGUCAUGGAGAUAUUGAAACACCACCAAGUGCUAGCGUGUGA